GUCGAAACUGACGUGGAGACCCCAAGGAUCGAAUCGUGGACCUCAAGCUCUGAAGGUCGCUCACUAACCAACUGAGCUACGCAUACUCCUAAGAAAGGAGAAAGAAAGAAAUUCAUAACUCUCGGACACCAACUCCUUAAUGACAGCCAUCCAGCAACUGACAGCCCCUAAUGGCACACUGGAGACUAUGUACCACAGGGAAUGUGAAGAGCAAAGGGAUUGGCAAACCUCUUGAAGAAAAAUAAUAGUAAAUGAAGAUAUACCAAAGCAGUAGACCAAACAUCAUUCCCUUGAGGAUGAAAUCCUCUGUUUGAGUGGCAUCCAUAUUAGUCUAUCCAAUCAAAAAGCACUGACGAACAAAGGUAUAUUACUCAAGGGAAUGCUCAUAGAUACCGAAAUCCUCCUGCAAAACCAGGAGAAGCUUAUAUACCAACAUCUCAAGAACAAAUUGCAAAUAUUAUAACUCAUGGAUUUUUUGUUGUACCUGCUUACCAAGCAAUGGAUACUCUUCAUCAUCUGGCACUUGAUAAGUCCUACAGCCAUAAAGCUAUAGCUUGGGUGUAUGGCAUCUCUCUUGUUCUUAUCUUUUCAAUAUCCACCUUCUUUCAUGUUAUUUCACUGAGUGGAAGAUUAAGGAAUUUGAGACAUAUUCUUCAUUUAUGUGAUCGUGGAAUUAUCUAUUUCUUCAUAGCUGCAUCUUACAUGCCUUGGCUGGUCCUGCGGGAUGUAGGAAUCUGGGGGGACAGACUCUCCUGGCUGCUGUGGAUAGGAGCCAUCAUGGGAACACUUUACAAUUGCAUAUUCCAUGAGAAAUACAAGACUUUAGAGACAGUAUUUUAUCUUAUGUUUGGAGUCCUUCCUUCCUUGCCUCUCAUCUUCCAAGCGUCUGACACUGCUGGACUAAUAGAAGUAGCACUGGGUGGAGCGUUYUACAUCGGGGGAGUGUACUUCUUUAAAUCAGAUGGAAAAAUAACAUUUGCGCAUGCAAUAUGGCACGUUUUCUGUGCCACUGGAGCGUGCUUACAUUUUUAUGCAGUAUAUACUCAUUUAUAUUGAUCGUUAUACAUAUGUACCAGGUAUAUAGAUUUGUACAUGUGUAAACAUUUAAAUUUUAAGUUGUCUCAUUUUUUCUUCCUUACUUAAUUAUUUCCUUCCUUUCUUCCUUUCUUCCUUUCUUCCUUUCUUCCUUUCUUCCUUUCUUCCUCUCUUUUUCUAUCAUUUCAAAUGUUUUUUCUCUUAUUAUUCCAAACCAGCAUUAUUAUUUGCUGCUUUACUAAAUUAUAAAUCGGACAUUUUUAUUAAUUUUAAGACGUUUUAAAUCCAUUAUAUUUGAGCUCUGAGGCUGAGCAAAAGUGUUGAAUUUUUAAGUGACGCAAAUGGAAAUUAAUUUUGGUUAACGAAGUAUAGAGGUAGGCAAUUACAAGAAGUUAUUAUCAAGACAUCUCUUGAUUUUAUUUCAUUGUGGCUACAAAGAAAAACRAAUUACCUAAA